CCUGUAUAUUUCGGUAUAUUUCCGAGGGUCGGACCGUAUAUCUUAUCGAUAAACCCGCUACAAAAGUUCUUUUCCGGUUUCGUUCACCAACCAAGGAGAUAUUGAACAAUGGGCCGCUACUCCCGUGAGUCAGACAACGUCACCAAGUCGUGCAAGGCGCGCGGACCCAAUCUACGUGUGCAUUUCAAGAAUACACAUGAGACUGCUCAGGCCAUCAAGCGCAUGCCCCUGCGUCGUGCCCAGCGUUUCCUGAAGGCUGUGAUCGACCAGAAGGAGUGUGUGCCCUUCCGUCGCUUCAAUGGCGGCGUUGGACGUUGCGCCCAGGCCAAGCAGUGGAAGACCACACAGGGUCGCUGGCCCAAGAAGUCUGCGGAAUUCCUGCUGCAGUUGCUGCGCAACGCUGAGGCCAAUGCUGACUGCAAGGGACUCGAUGCCGAUCGCAUGGUUGUCCACCACAUCCAGGUGAACCGCGCCCAGUGCCUGCGUCGCCGCACAUACCGUGCCCAUGGUCGCAUCAAUCCCUACAUGUCAUCGCCGUGCCACGUUGAGGUCAUUCUUACCGAGAAGGAGGAGGUCGUCUCAAAGGCCGUCGAUGAUGAGCCCGCUAAGAAGAAGCUCUCCAAGAAGAAGCUCCAGCGCCAGAAGGAGAAGAUGUUGCGUUCUGAAUAAAAUGUGUUCUGGGCUAGCCGCCCAAGCCGGUGUCAACAAUUGAAAACAAUUUCAUCCUUUUUUUUAUUAAUAUAACUUAAUGAAAGUUAAAUGUGCGACCGUGUGUGUAUAUUAAUGUUGUGGAGGAUGUGGCCGCCGGUGCGAUAAGGAUGAUAGAUAAUACAAGGCAAGCGGUUGACUUGCUAACUUUGAAAUGUGA